UGCGUCACGGACCCCACAUCCAGCACAUCACGGUGACGUCCUGUGCGGAUCCAGUCUCCAGAUGCCCUUACUGCUUCAACCGCAGGUUCACAGCUUUCUUAUUUUCUCCAUGUAAAGGGCGUUUUAAAGUCUAGAAGAUCAUUAGCGGCGACGACAUGCAGAAGAGCGCGGUGGUCGUGGUGGCGGAUAAAACGAGCCUGAAAAGGCCGUUCAUUUUUGCAAACGCCGUUCAUAUGGCGUUGUGCUUCUUCAUGCUGAGAAUGACGGUAAUUUGGCACAGGGACCUUAUCCAAACGGGCAAAAUGGUGUCCAGCGUUUCUGUGGCGAUGAUGUACGUCAUAGAGGUUGGCUGCCUGCUGCUUUCAGUACUCGGUGUUUUCGGAGCCUGCAAAGGAAAGAGAUGGUGUUUGAUCCUGUAUGCAGCUGGGAUGGCAGCAGCAAGUCAAACAAUCAUUGUACGAACAGCACUAAGUUACCAAGAUGUUUAUGAGAAACGUGUUGUUCGUGAGGAGUCCAAGCUGCUGGCCAUGAUGCCACUCAGUGGAACAAGCAAAGCUAACAGGACUCUACUGUAUAGCAUUCAAGAGGAAUUUGAAUGCUGUGGUCUUAUUGAAGGCUACAAGGACUGGGGCUCUACCAUCCCUCCUUCCUGUAACUGUCAAUAUCCAGGAAAAUGUAUUCGACUAAGGGGGAGCGCCACACUUGGGGCUCCAAAGAACCAGUAUGUUUAUCGAGAGCCUUGCCUACCGAUUUAUGUUUCCGAGCUGAAGCUGGCAUUCUCCUUAGUAAUGGCUAUACAGUUUGGAAGUGGAGUGUUUUGGAUUGUUUUACUUGUCAUGAGUGUCAAGCUGAUGGGCCAGAUAAAGAGGAAGCAGGAGUUCCUGGCUCUUCUCCAGUCCAACAGAUAUGUUCCUGGUGCUUUCUAGUAUUGCAAUACAGUAUGUUUUAAUACACACUUGAAAUUACUAUCAAGCAUACCUGGUUUGAAUUUGCACACUAAUGCUGUAUACCAUAAUCUGGCUAUUUUGUGCUAUAGCAAUAUAUGUUAUGAUUUUCUACAUGAUAAUGCAUGUAACUGAUGUUUAAAAGUAAUCUACAUGCAUAGAGCCACAUCAUAUUAGUGUUUUGAGCUUUACUGCUGUAAAGAAAAAGAAGCAAUUUAUUGACAAUGACCCAACUUUCAAUAAUAAUCACACUUUACAUGCUUUUGUCACAAUUGAAAUUGUGUUUUCAUACAUAUUUAGCUAAAAAACUUUUGUUUUCUUUAAGCAUCUGUUGCUUUUUUCUCAGAUUGUGUUAUUGGGGACCAAGCAGGUAGGCUGCUUCAUGUGUCUUUCUCUUCUUAUACUUUCUUUUUUUGACUUCAAAGUCUUUUAAAGCUCCUAAAGCUGAAUAUUUUUAGAGAAAAAGGAAUGAUUCAUUACAUGAUGUCUGCAACUCUAGGAUCCUAGUGCCGCCAGUGGGUCAAGAUUUGAGGUGCAUUAAAUCGUAUGCUCAGUUUUUAAAAGGUUGGCAAAUAAAAAAAGUGAACAAAAAGCUACAAAAGUGAAAGAUGUCACAGGUUGCUGAUCUAUUCUGCUCAUGCUGAUUUCCCUGUUUUCAUAUUUAUUUACUCAAAUCUUACUUGUUGGGAAUGUAUAGAAAUGAUCUAGUGGAGCCCUAAAUGUUUUGGCUGCAAGGAAUUGUGGAUUUUCUUUCCUUUCAUGUGUUUUCUUCCCAUAAAGGAGACACGUAAAAGGAGGCAUUGAAAGCCCCUUUCCUCAGCAUUUGGAGACUUUGGCCAGCUCUAACUUUGGCUGUCACAUUUAACUUAGUCCAAAAGGAAGGUGAAAAAAACCAAAAACCAAAA